AUGGAUAGUAGGGGAGUAAGCCAGAUAGUAUCAGCUCUCGAAGUUGUGUACGAGCCAACCACUUCGAAUGAUCAGAGACGAGAAGCUCAAGGUUUCCUUGAGACAAUUAAGUCAAAUGACGAGUCUCCUUAUUGGGGGUAUCAACUAGCAUUGCCAGAGAAUAAUGGAACGAAUUACAUUGUACGCCAUUACGGAUUAUCUUUACUACAGGAUGCUAUAUAUAAGAAGUUUCAUACAUUUAAUCAAGAAAAGACCUUGGCCAUCAAGAGCUGGAUAGUUGAGUUGACUAGUAAAAUAGCAGAGUCAGACCCGCACUACUUGAAGGAGAAGUUGGCGUUCCUUUGGGUAGCCAUAGCGAAGAAAAUAUGGGGGAAUUAUUUAAGUAAGAGCAUAGAAGAACAACAAGAGCAACAGCAGCAACAGCAGCAACAGCUGGACGUGAAUGAGAAACCCAGAGAGGUCGCUGACAGUAGUAAGAAGACCGCCUCUGCAUCAGAUCAAAAUGAAGGCUGGGCUUCGAUGGAUUCGGAUUUGUGGAAUUUAUGGAAUUCCAAUCUUACUUGUAGAGAAUUAUCCUUAAUAAUCAUUAGAACCUUGUUCGAAGACAUCUACCUACUUGAUGAUCCAAUUGCAUCUAAACGAACCGCACUUUUGAACCAGUUGCUGGUAUCCAUUGUAACGCCAGAUUCUGUGCUAAAUCAAAUUUACGAACCAAACGCAAACUUAGCAUUGUGCAAAGCAUCUGCAGAUGGGUGGUUUGUAUCGUGGAGUCAGUACUUGGUAAGUGUUUUGCUGGAUAAUCAGACAUCAUCGCCUGUAGUGCAAAACUUUGUACCUAAAUUGCUUUCCACAUUUAAAACUUGUUUACAUUGGAUCCAUCCCUCCGUUCUAAGGCAGGAAAAUAUAAUGCAGACUCUCAUAAACAUAUUAGCUUUACCCGAUGUGAAAUUGAAAACCUUGGCAGUCGACUGUCUUCACAUUUUAUUCACUAGAAGCUACUCAAACGACGAGGAUUUCCAAUUUUUCAUAGGUCUGAUAUACACUUCGGAGGGUUUGUCUAAACUUUCUAUGUUUUACGAAUCUUUGGAAAUUGACCCGGAUGACAUUGAUGAACAAGUGUAUUCUUUAUUAAAGAAGACUGUAGAAAUGAUUGUAUCUUUAAGUGAGCAUUUGAAUAUAACCAACAAUACUGGCACAGGAAGUGCACCAUAUAGAAACAAAAUCAGUUGGGAAAAUAGCGAGGUAAAUAUUGACAUGUAUUUAAAGUUGGUUUUAACUACCACUAACCAUCCAUCACUUAUAAUAUCAGGGUUAUCGUUGCAGAUGUGGGUGACGAUUUUGAGGUUUGAUGAAUUGUCUUCCAAACAACCCAUAGUGAAAAUCUUACUCGACUUAUUGGAGAUUGCCGCUAAUAGAACUAUAUCGUAUACCUUGGUUGAUGAUGAACAUAUAUCUAAAAAAUUCCUUGAUGUUGACUUCGAUUCUUCACCAGAUGCAAAUUCGUUCCUUUCCAACUACAAAAAAUUUAAUGAAGAUAUUGUGAGGAUUGCAAUUUGUAAGCAGCCAGAAGAAGGUUUAGCCUGGCUCGAGAAUAGAUUGCAAACUUUCUUUUCAAGUGAUUUAGGAUCUAAGUGCAUAACGUCAAGAAAUUUGGAAGAAAAAUCUGAUCCCUAUAACUACGGAAACUCUCAAUUUAAUAUAAUCGAAAAUUGUAUAAGAGGGGUUUCAAGAUGGAGAAUUUGGUAUACAGGUGAUGAUUUCAAUGCGAUCAACGACAGAUUGAAUAAGCAGGUUGAAAGCUUGGGAGAAAGGUUAUUGGCAAUGAAUUUAGCUUGCCCUCUUUUGAUAAGAAAACAAGUGCAAACGUUAGUGCAGUUUGCUCCCCUUUUAAAGGAUGUUAGUCCGCUUAUGUUUCAAGUCCUUGAGAAAAUCUUGAGCACUGCAACUUUUGAAUACCCAGCGAACAUUUCUGAUGACGAAAAGGAGCUAAUCAGAGAUUUAAGAACUCUGUGUGGUACUGAGUUAAACAGAUUGGCAUACAUUAUGCCUGAAUCGUUAAAAAAGAUUUUCAACGAAUUGGAAAGCGUUGUUGCUAAUAUUUUGUCAUCAAAGAAAGUAACGGAGCACGAAAAUGUUGCAUUUAAGUCGUUUCUACUUGUCAUUGCAUCAAGAUCUUCUAUUGAGAGCAAAAGUGAGCUAUUUGCCAAGAUUGUGGAUCCUGAGUUACAAGCAUGGUCUGCUCCUGAAACAGAAAAGGGGCUUAUGGACUUGCAUUGGUUUAUGGAAAGAAUGGGGAUUGUGGAGAUUGCAUCAUAUUUCAAUAGUAGAGGUAUUACAGCCACUACCAACUUAUUGCAAGCAAAUAUGGACGAGGAAGGUAAAUUAUUGAAGAAUAAGUUAAAAGACCACUGGUCGUCUAUUUUCCCUAUUCGAGCAACGAGAAUUUUCAUUCAAUACAGUAUUGAGAAGCUUCCACACGAUUCACCUGAAUUUUUGAAUUUACUAAAAAUGUGGAAACCUAGAGUGCAACCUAUUAUUCCUCAUAUUUUACAAUUGCUAACUCAGAUCCAGGCGUAUCAUGAUCCUGAGAAUUGGAAGGAUUUACCUGACGCAGUACAAUCUUUUGUGAGAUAUAGUUGCAUGGAAAGAUUUUGGCAACAAGGUGUCUCUAUUCAAAGUAAGGAAACCUUUAUAGAAGAGAAUGUUAAGGCCGCAUUAACUUUGAGAGACUUUGCGGAUUCAGUUGGUCAUCUUAUUAGAUAUACCAGAGAAUACGCAUUUUUGACAAUCGGCUCACUAUCACAAUUGGAAGACACCUUAUAUGAGAUCCCCAACAUUGCUACCAUGAUUUGGAAAGCAGUGGCUGGUGAUACUGUAGGUAUUACAUUACAUAGUUGGAAACACAUGAUUAACAGUUGUUUGAGAAGUGUGGUUAGAAACUGUCCAGUCAAAUUUGUGAAUGUAUUCAUGGCAGAAUUGUUACCUAAGGCAUUUUAUGACAUUGAUCAACUAUUGGUGAAGAGAUGGGAAAAGGUCUAUAUGAAUGGAUUGCAAUUGCAAGGAAAUGAAGAUGAUGAGACUUUGCUGGAGGAAAUGAUGGAAGAGCAUAUGUUAAGACAGUUAACGGCAACUGUUGUAAGAUUUUUAAUGGACGUUGUUAGCCAGUAUAACUCUAAGCAACCAACUGAUACUCAAUUUGCUUGUAAGAGGUUAAUAAUCAGCAACAAAGAAUGCAUGGCUCCAUUCCUACAAAUUUGUUGCCAUAUAAUUCAAUUUAAGGAUACUAAAUGUUCGUUUAAUACAAUUCUAGUGAUAAGAAACGUUUUGACGGAUAUCAUAUUGAAAGAUGAUGAAGUUGACAAAUACUUGUGCGACAACCUCGUCAAGGCUCUAGUGAAUGUUUUAUUAGAUGACUACUUUAUAGAAACUCAUUCUGAAGCUGCAGUUGCAUUGACUACAUUAUACUGUGCUUUAAGGUCUAAAAAUGACUACCCCGCAAGAGUUUUAAUUCAACUUCUACCAAAUAUCACUACUCAUCAUAUAAGUAACUUUGAGACUUUGCUAGUGAGCUCAAAAUCAUUAAAGCAUCAAAGAUCAGCAUUAAUGGAGCUUGUUGGCAUAUCUAAAGAAAAUGGAAGCGACGAAUACAAUUUAAAAGAGAGAAAGAAACAACUAGAAGCAGGUGUGAGAAAAAAGAAAGCCCAGGAAAGAGAUGUAUUAAAUGACCCAUUUACUGAAAAUGGAGCUUUGAAUAACUUGUUUGGUGAUGAAUGA